AUGGGAAAAGGAAAGCCUAGAGGAUUGAACUCCGCCAGAAAGUUGAGAACCACCCGUCGUGACAACAGAUGGGCUGAUCUUUCUUACAAGAAGCGUUUGCUCGGAACUGCUUUCAAGUCUUCUCCCUUCGGAGGUUCUUCUCACGCCAAGGGUAUUGUGCUUGAAAAGAUCGGUGUCGAGGCCAAGCAACCCAACUCUGCUAUCAGAAAGUGUGUCAGAGUCCAACUCAUCAAGAACGGUAAGAAGGUCACUGCCUUCGUCCCCAAUGACGGUUGUUUGAACUUCGUCGACGAGAACGACGAGGUUUUGUUGGCUGGUUUCGGUCGUAAGGGUAAGGCUAAGGGUGAUAUUCCCGGUGUCCGUUUCAAGGUUGUCAAGGUCUCUGGUGUCUCUUUGCUCGCUCUCUGGAAGGAGAAGAAGGAGAAGCCCCGUUCUUAA